CGGAGUCCCAUAAUCCUCUGUUCUUUCUGUCUCCUACCGGGACCCGUACAGCGGCCGGUGAAGAUGGCGAUGGCCGUGGUUGGAAUCCUGGGCCGCCGGCUCCAGCCCCGAGCUGGUCAGCUGCCCACCAUCCAGACUGUUCGCCAUGCUUCCAAGGCUGUCACCCGACAUGUUCGAGUUAUGCACUUUGAGAGACAGAAGCUGAUGGCAUUGACCCAGUAUAUCCCCCCAAAACCUGCUAUUCCCACUUGUUGUCUGCCCCCCCCUCCCAAGCCAGUCUCAGAGGAGUCAGGCUUGACUCAACUGCUCAAGAGGGAGGUGGCAGAAGUUUUCAGAAAAAACCGAAUGAUUGCUGUCUGUCAGAAUGUUGCCCUGAGUGCUGAGGAUAAGCUUCUUGUCAGGCACCAGCUUCGGAAACACAACAUCUUUGUGAAAGUCUUUCCCAAUUCAAUCCUGAGGCCAUUCCUGGCAGAAUCCAAGUACCAAAACCUGCUUCCUCUCUUUGUUGGCCAUAACAUGCUACUGGUGAGCCCAGAACCCAAGGCGAAGGAAAUGCUUCGGGUCCUGAGGAGCGUGCCUGUCCUGCCACUACUGGGUGGCUGCAUCGAUGACACCAUCCUCAGCUAUCAGGGUUUCCUGAAUUACUCCAAACUGCCCUCUCAGUCUUUGAUGCAGGGCGAGCUGGUGGGCGGCCUGAGCUUCCUGACAUCUCAGACUCACUCCCUUCUGCAGCGUCAGCCCCUUCAGCUGUCCGCCUUGUUGGAACAGUACCUCCGACAGCAGCAUGGAGAAGGCAGCGCAGCGUCCGGCCCCGCAGAGCCAGCUUCCCCCAACCUUGCAUCAGACACUUAGCCGGGCUGGUCUCAGCUUCCAUAAAUGUACUUUGACUCAA